AUGGCCACAACCAGUGGUACACAAUCCAGUGCUCCAAAGCCUGGCAUCGGGGAUUUGGAAAAGGAGCUGGUUUGCUCGAUCUGUACAGAGCUCUUAUAUCAACCUCUGACGCUGCUCGACUGCCUCCAUACCUUUUGCGGCUCGUGUUUGAAAGAAUGGUUCUCGUGGCAGGCUGUCCGAUCCCGCUCGUCGAGUUCAGCAGCUCGUUUCACCUGCCCGGCAUGUCGAGCGACAGUCCGUGAUACGAGGCCGAAUGCAACGGUGACUACGUUGCUGGACAUGGUUUUGCAGGCCAGUCCAGAGCGCGAUAGAACCGCGGAAGAGAAAGAGGAGAUUGCAAAGAAAUAUAAGCCAGGAGAUCAACUGCUCGCUUCCCUCGAGGAUUCUGAUCACGAUACGGACGAGGAGGAUCGACAAUUACUCAACGACGUUAGAGACCUUAGUUUGGCAGAAACAUCCCAUCCGCGCAGGAGAGGAGCUUCGACUAGUCGUACGGGGGACGUGGCAACUCAUGGUCGUAGACCAAGGAGUGCGGAUAAUCGAGAUGACGGACGCGGGCAUCAAAACUAUGAUGAACGCAUAGCCAGACGCUAUGUUCGUCACAAUGCGGCCCCGAAUGCUGCUCGAACAGGAACAACUGUUGGGAACAGUGGUGACUCGCCAAGGCGUAUUGAACAUCAAUCAAGUCUACGGUCACUACUGAGUGCAUCGGAUGUUGGAGAUACUACCCAGGAGGAGAUUGCUCGCCUCAUUAUGGAAGAGGGUUUAUUGGACGGAAUAGAUCUGAGUGGUCUGGAUCAAACUCAAGAAGAAGAGCUCAGUGAUCGGCUUGUACAAAUAUUCCUUAGCAGGCACCCUGACCGGUCACAUCUGCCACGUAGGAGCAGUGAACAGACUGGUCGAGCAAGGGCAUCCGAACAUCAUCGUUCUAGAUCACAGACCUUGCAAAAUUCGAGCUCCACUUCCACGCCAACUGAAAAUUCUUCCAGGCACCCCCCUGUGUCGCGGCCGAAUCUAUUAGAGGCAACGUCGGGUCCACGUGUCCAUCGAAGGAGGGCUUCCGAAGAGACGCGACGACGAAGGACAUCACCGACGCCUGUGGCCCCAGCAUCCACAUCUGAGACUACCUUGAGACCAGCACUGCGAUCUUCCAGUGAUAUUGCUGGUCACAGAAGUCGCACUUCAACUUCUCGACCGAGGACUAGAGAAUCAUCGACGGCGUCUAUAUCACGCCGCUCAACGGAGCUAGAAGGGCGUGUCUCGAAUUUGUGGGCUGGGAUUACUAGGGAUGGUACCCAGCAAUCCACCACUACCAGACAUGUAGUGGGAUCUUCUCUCACAGAUAGCCCUUCUACUGCUACGCCAACGGACCGUACAUUUUCGACUUCAAGUACCGGAAUACCUGCGGUACCAACAGCUGAUAUUCCGUCUUCUUCGGAUGUGCAAUCUCCCACUCGUCGAAAUAUAUCGUCGCGACCUUCACCAGCGACACAAACCCCAACUCGUAUCCCUUCAACACAUUACCCCGAACCUUCCAUAUCUUGUGAACGGUGUGGGAAGUCUGGUAUUCAAUAUGAGCUUCACAAACGUUGUUUGAAAUGCAGCAUUGGAGAGAUGAAUUUCAACAAGGCUCAUCACCCAGCCGUUCGAGCCACGGCGGAAUUUCCCCAUGUACUAAUAUCACAGCGGUAUCGGCAGCCUAAAGAGGGUUCAGCACGCGGCACGUCUGAAGGCAAACAGAUGACAAACGACAAUCCAGCUAGCCGAUUGGAGGACGACGUUGCUUCAGUCGGACCUGCGACUGUUCCCACAUCAUUGCAGAAGCCCCUUCCAACGGAAGCAACCUACCAAGUGCUAUCAUUCUCUACAGAAUGCGAUAUCUGCAAGUACCCUAUCGCUCCCUCGUCGACACGUUUUCACUGUCUGAAAUGUAACGAGGGGGACUAUGAUGUAUGCACAAAUUGUUACUUGAAAUUGGUGGUAUCUGGAAAGAUUAGCAAAGAAAAUGGUCACGGUGGCUGGCGUAGAUGCCUGAAAGGCCAUCGCAUGAUUAUAAUCGGGUAUGAAGACCACGAGAAAGGACAGCGACGAGUCAUUGUUCGAGAUAUAGUUGGCGGCUAUACUCUAAAAGAUGAAAAAAUCGACCAGACAGCCACUCCUUCAGCUUCUACAGUCUCAAUCGCGUCGCCAGAACUCGGAACGGGCGAUUGGUCAUGGAAAGAAGGCAACACCAAGCGUAAAAAGGCAGGCCGUGUACGAACAUCACAAGCCCAUGACUCAAACGCCCUGUCCUCGCCAUCAACACCAACGUCGACAACAACUCAACUAGACCGUCGCGGAACGGCAACGCCAGCAAUCCCACCCGAUGGCGGGUUUGGCCUCGUGCUCGGCGCAAACUGGUCUUAUUUCGCAGAGGAAAGCUGCACGGAUGAGCUUUCAUUUCCGCGUGGAGCAGAGAUCACAGAAGCCGACAAUAUUAAUGACGAGUGGUACUGGGGGUACUAUGCCGGCAAAACGGGAUUGUUUCCUGGGGCUUAUUGUACUUUGGUGAGGGAGGUUGUUUAA